AUGCUGGGGUUCAUUGCUGCCCUGGAGACGGCGUGCCGACUUCUACCCGCAGAGGUUGAUCGCGAUGUAGUCCCGGGAUCGGGAUCGGGAACUCACACGAGCGGCCUGGCCAGCAUCGCGGCGCCGCCAGAGCUCUCGAGCACGGCAAGAAUGCUGAACGGGAAGCGUCAGUUCCAGAACGCUUCGACUGCUUCCGACAUCUCCACACCUGAUAUUCCCACGCCGACCGCGACUAUGACAACACGGCCCGGCGACGGCUCGAGUUCGGAGGCAAACUCCAGUAGCACGCGGGCUUCCAGCACUGGGGUUCGAAUCGGCGACAAGCCUCAGUUUGGCCAGCCCGGGCACCAUACCGAGACAAUAACACUCUCCACCGAGCCAGCCUUUUUCCCACUGCCCGAGCAGCACGGUCACGACGGCCCGGUAACGGUCGUAUCCACAAGUCCGACCGAAGUAGUGACCACCAUCGUGGAACAGACGACGCUGCCGGAUGCGGUGACGACCAUUACCAGACAGACCACGCUGCCCGAUGCGACGAAGGCGGUGACCAUCGAGACGACGCUGAAAGGUGUGGUCAGCGAGUACACUCGGACGACAACGCUCCAUGGAGACAUGGUUGGACUCGAGCCAUCGUACGUGACGGCCGAGGUGGUAACGCUGACCGACUCGGACGGGGCGCCCACGGCUACCGUCACGAGCACGCCGCCAGCGAUAUCCACGCCGGUCGUCCUCACGCUGACCGAUUCGGACGGGGAACCGACGGCAACGGUGACGACGAACGUUUUGGUCCCUGUCCGGACGAAAGUCCUGACGAACGCCGACGGCGUCGCGACUGCGACUAUCACGGAGUAUCCGGUGCCCGCGACUCAGUCCCCGGAUCCGCAGACUACCGUCAAGGUCUACUACAUCUCCCAAGCGGGGUAUUUUGUCGGCUUCUUCCUGCCGACCCUCCUUACCGUGAUACUGACGAUCCCCAUUCGCAUGAUCGACUUGGCCGCGAAGCAACUGCAGCCAUGGCACGCUCUCACGCAUCAUCGAGGGGCGUCUGCCAGGGACUCGAUGUGUCUGAGGACGGGCGGGAUGCACGGCAUCGUAUCGAGCAUCCGAUCGUUAGCGGGCGGCCAGGUCCUGGUGUUCCUUACGACGUUGCUGCUGGUGGCCGCUAUACUGCUUGUGCCUCUGUCGGCGGAGGCGGUGUCGCUGAAGUUGCACGGCAGUUGCUCAAAGCUGGACUUCAGGGGCUGUGCAAUGACGUUGGGGGUGUUCCUCGCCCCAGCAAGAGCGACAAUUGCGUUGUUAGGGUUUAUGGUCGUAUUAUCCUUGCUCAUUUUGUUCGUCCUUCGCCGGUGGAAGACUGGGGUGGCGGCAAAUCCGUGGUCCAUCGCGGCUGUUGCCUCCUUGUCGACGAACCCGGAGCUAAGGGCAGUUUUCUCAUCGCUUCCGACCGGCCGCGGGGAGAAGAUUGACCACCGGCAACUUGUGGCGGCGUUGGAGGGCAAGAGGUUCGAGCUGGGGUCCUUCUUCAACCGCUACGGCAUCCCUGACUACGGCGUCAUGGUCCAAGAUGCGGACGCGGCGUUGUGGAAGGUCGACUCGGAGUCAAGCUUCGGCUCAAAAUCUCCCCAGGAAAGCGAAGUUAUCAAAACUCGUCGCAAAACCGAGCGUCAUCUCCCAUUUUUGAUGUUGUCGUACACAGCGAGAGCCGUGUGUUUGUUGACCAUCACCGGCAUCAUGGUGUUGAUCUUGUACUACAACAACACAGGGGGCGAUACGGCGUUUGAGAGGUUCAUGGGCACGCAGAAUUUCGGAGUGCGCGCCCUGUUCACACUGGCUGGCGUCGGCGUUAGCUUCUUCUGGAGUUGCUUCUUCACCAGUCUGGCGGUGCUCAGCCCGUAUCAGAUGCUCUCACAGUCCCCCCAGCUUGCGCAGCGCACCAUUACGACGUCUCCGCCGCUGAACGCCUUCUCUGGCAUCGUGGACGCCGUUCGGCAGCGGCAUGGCUUUCUCAUCCUAGUCGCUUUCACGGCCAUCCUUGCGGAGUUCAUGCCAAUCGUGCUCAGCAACGUACCGUUCCGGGUGACGCAGACGUGGAUUGCAUCGCGUGUUUGCAACUGGAUGGCAGUCGGCAUCCUCAGCCUCAUGUGGCUCGUUGUCGUCGGUACCUUUUUUGUCAGUUGGCCGCACAUGCCUGUUGAUCCCAGCACCAUUGCGGGGGCCAUGUACUACGUUUGUGACUCGUGGAUGUUGGGCAGUAUGGAGGGCCUGAGCAAGUUGGAGAGCGAGGAGCGCGACAAGCGAAUCGCCGAGUUGGGGUUGAGGUACCAGUUUGGCGACAUUGUCGGUUUGUCGGGGCGGAAGAGAAUUGGCGUCGACGGUUUGGACGAUUAUGCAUACGGGGAUCGAAGCCGUGCAUAG